AUGGCCGCCAAGCAAAUCGCCCUCGUCACCUGCAGCACGCGCUCCCCGCGCCUCAACCCCUUCAUCACGCAGCACGUCGAGCGCUCCAUCGCGCCCCUGCUCCCCGCCACCGUCGGCCUCGCCACCGUCGACGUCGCCGCGCUGGCCCUCCCGCUGUACGACGAGCCCGCGAUCCCCUCGCGCCUGCCCGCCGACGACCCCACGCCGCACUACGCCCACGAGCACACGCGCCGCUGGUCCGCCCUCGCGCGCCGCUACGACGCCUUCGUCUUCGUCACGCCCCAGUACAACUGGAGCGUCCCCGCGUCGCUGAAGAACGCCCUCGACUUUCUGUUCCACGAGUGGGCCGGCAAGCCCGCCGCCAUUGUGUCGUACGGCGGGCGCGGCGGCGGCAAGUCGGCGGCGCAUCUGCGCGACAUCCUGCACGGGCUGCGCAUGAGGCCCGUGGAGGCGGCCCCGGGGUUGACGACGAGCAGCACCACGCUUGCGCACUGCCUCGAGGCGGGCAGCGUGGGCGAGGCGGACGUCCGGCGGUGGGCCGAGGCGGGCGUGGAGGAGCAGCUCGAGGCCAUGGCCAAGGAGCUGUUGCAGGCGCUGCUGGCUUGA